AUGGGUGGAUCGGAUAGUAAUGCUAAUGAGAAACGUGGAUGUUUCAUCGUGCUGGAGGGAUGUGACAGAAGUGGAAAGACAACUCAAUGCAAGUUGAUCACCGAAAAAUUAAACUCUGAAAAUAUUCCGGCCCAUCAUCUCCAUUAUCCAAAAAGAUCAACAUGCAUUGGCUCUCUAGUAGAUGCCUACCUCACCAAACGUCUGACACUCAGCGACGAGCAAAUUCAUCUUCUGUUUGCCAUUAACAGGAGGGAGACCAUUGUCGAAAUAGAGGAAUAUUUAAAUAAUGGGACAUCACUAAUUGUCGACCGCUACUCAUUCUCGGGAAUUGCAUAUUCUUCUGUUAAAAAGGGCAUGGAUUUGGCAUUCUGCAGAGCAACAGAGUUAGGCCUACCCAAGCCAGAUGCUACUAUAUUUCUGGACAGCUCCAUCGCUGAUCGAAAAUCCAGAAAUGCUUUUGGAGAUGAGAUUUAUGAGAAUGAGGAUACACAAAGUAGGGUUUAUCAGUUCUAUAAAGAUCAUUUCUUUCCUGAUAUGAAGGUUAUUUUUUUGUACAGGUAG